AUGAUUGCAACCACCCUUAUUCUGCACAUCCCCCACCAGUUCGCCGUCGCCCCACCCCUCCCGACCUUCUACCGCGGCAGCGGCCUGGGAGCGCCACCGCCCCUCCCCUCCCGGCCUUCCACCGCGGCAGCGGCCUGGGAGCGUCGUCGCCCCUCCCCUCCCGGCCUUCUUCCGCGGCAGCGGCCUGGAAGCGCCGUCGCCCCUCCCCUCCCAGCCUUCUUCCGCGGCGGCGGCCUGGCAGCAAUGCCGCCCCUCCCCUCCCCGCUUUCUCCCGCAGCGGCGGCCUGGGGGUGCCACCGCCCCUCCCCUCCCGGCCUUCUUCCGCGGUUCAUUACGGACAACGAUGCAGUGCGGUUACUUCAGUUCACAUUGCAGGGUGAUGCAGAAAUGACGUUCAGCAGAUACAAAAUGCCGCGCAUAAUUGACAACCCAGGGAACAACAACUUUCAGAAGAGUAAAGCUUCUUCUGAAAGAGAUACUGGCUGGGAUAAAAACAUGCCGCUGAACAUCAUACCUGCCGCUGGAAUGAAGUUCACCACGUACGACAAGGCAUGGGACUUUUACAACAAUUAUGCAAGAUGUGCAGGGUUUGGCAUACGCAAGAGGGCAAAACAUAGGACAAAUGCCUACAUUGUCUGCUCAAGAGAAGGGACGCACAAGCAGACUGUGUCAGAUUAUCACCGGAAACGUCAGAAGACAUCAAAAAGGAUUGACUGCAAGGCAAAGAUUAGAGUCAAAAAGAGGAAGGAUGGCAAAUUUGUGAUAGAAAUGGUUGAACUGAACCACAAUCACAAGAUGCUGGAAAGGCCCGGGAUGCUUUUGCACAUGCAGUCGCACAAAAAAGACGAUCCUUUGAUAGACCAGUUAGUGAAAGACAUGCAACUUGACAACCACACACACGCUCAGAUGAUGUCAACGCUGUCGCGUAUGUCCGGUGGUCUGCAGUACAUGGGACAUACUAGCCGCGACUGGGUAAACAAGAAACAAAAGUUUGCCAGAGAAGAGUCCCAAGAUGACGUCAAGAAACUUCUGGAUUUCUUCGAGAAUAUGCAGAAGAUAAACCCAGAGUUUUUCUAUGAUUAUGACGUUGAUGCAGAUAACCGUGUAAGAAACGUCUUUUGGGCCAACGCAAGUUGCAAAGGAUCGUAUGAAGAUUUUGGAGACUGCGUUACAUUUGACACGACGUAUAAAACUAACAAAUUCCAUAUGCCGCUGGGAGUCUUCGUGGGAGUGAACCAUCAUCUACAGAGCACCAUAUUUGCUGUUACACUCGUGCGAGAUGAAACAAUACCGUCGUUCGAGUGGGUUUUCAAAACAUUUCUGAGGUGUAUGAACAACAAGCAUCCAAUCUGCAUGCUCACAGACCAGUGUUCUUCGAUGAAGACAGCAUUAAAAACUAUCAUCCCACAUACUCUGCAUAAGUUGUGUCGGUGGCAUAUCAUGAAGAAGCACAAAGACCACCUCGCCUUGCUGUAUAAGGCGCACGAGAAACUUAAGGAUGACCUCAAUGCGGUGCUGAACCACCCACUAAUGCCGUCAGAAUUUGAACAAGCAUGGAAGGACCUCAUUCAAAGAUAUAACUUGCAAGACGAUGAAGUGAUGAAUUCACUGUGGGAAGACAGGCACGAGUGGAUCUCGGCUUACUACAAGGAAAUUUUCUGUGCUCGGAGGACUUCCACACAGAAAAGCGAGAGCAUGAACCGCAUACUGAAGAAAUACUUUGUCAAAGAGAAGCAUGAUCUCCAUCUGUUUGCUCAGCAGGUGGACAAGUGCAUUCAAACCAGGAAGGCCGUCGAGCACGCAGAGACAGUAGCAAAUGAGUCAGAGGUAAAGACAACAACCCAGUUUGGGUUCGAAGUUCAGCUAUCAAAAGUGUAUACAAGGGCAGUGUUUGCAGAUUUCAAAGAAAUACUCUACCGUAGCACUGCAUUCAGAGCAGAACGGUGCCCUGAGAACCCGACAAAGUAUCUCGUACACCACUACAACAGAUCGGAUGCAUUUGACUGGGCAAGGCAUAAUUUCCAAGUGGUCGCCGAUGAACAGAAAGGUGUCUACGAAUGUGAAUGCAAACUCUGGACACACACAGAAACAGCAAUGGACCUUGCAAACAGAGCGACAAGGUCCGACGCUGGGUGCCACAGAGCGUUGUCUGGUAUGAGGGCACUGAUCGAGGAAGUUGAUGUGCUCAACGAAGAAGAAGAAGAAGCAGCAAAACUAAAGCAAGUAGAGAAAUCCCAGCAUGACAAUAAUGCCGAGCAAGUAGAAAAUACCGAACACAUCGGAACUGGUGCUAUCAAAAAAGAAACAAUUCUUCCACCUCCUGUUUCAAAGACAAGAGGAAGGAAGAAAGGGGGCGACGCAACCCAGAAAAAGGUUGCAUGCAAGGAGAAAAAUGAUGACAAAACAGUAAGCCACAGCCUGAGCUGGACAGUGAUAGUCACCCACUGGGAAUAA